CAUGUCAGAAGACGGGGGUGGUCCCUACAGCUACUUGGCGCAAAAGCUUUGGAGCGCGUGGGGUAUCGUAAGUGAAGCAGAGGCUGCGGAGAAGCCGGAGCGCGCGAGUUGGCGUGGCGCAGUCAUGGUGGGCCACCUGAGCGAGGGGGCCAUUGCGGUCAUAAUGCAACAAGGAGAUACAUCCAUAAAACCCAUCCUCCAAGUCAUCAACAUCCGUCCCAUUAUUACAGGGAAUAGUCCACCCCGUUAUCGACUGCUUAUGAGUGAUGGAUUGAACACUCUAUCCUCUUUCAUGUUGGCAACACAGUUGAACCCUCUGGUUGAGGAGGAACGAUUGUCUAGCAAUUGUAUUUGCCAGAUUAACCGAUUCAUUGUUAACACUCUGAAAGAUGGAAGGAGAGUAGUUAUUUUGAUGGAGUUAGACAUUUUGAAAUCUGCUGAAGCAGUUGGAUUAAAGAUUGGCAAUCCCGUGCCCUAUAAUGAAGGACAUGGGCAGCAGCAGAUAGUUCCUUCCUCAGGACAUGGGCAGCAGCAGAUAGUUCCUUCCUCAGUCUCAGCGGCCAACCCACCAGCCAACAAGCUCCAGCAGCAGAAUGGGAGCUCAGCAAUGGGUAAAUGGCCACAUGAGGACAUGUGCUAAUUAUAUG